CGCCUUAACAAACAAAUCCUAUUGGUCACUUCCAUUUCACUCGGAUCGCAAUCUUAGUCACACCCUCUCUCCACCGUACGAUCAGAAAAGAGAAACAAAGGAAAUAUCCUCCCUCCACUUCAAAAUUUCAAAUCUUUCACCUGAGCUUCUCUAUAAAAAACCCCCCAACUGCCUCACAUUUCUGUGUCGAAAAUCUUUUUAGUUUCUCAAGAAACAAAGAAGAAAUCAAUAAAACCCAGUUUCAUUUUUCACUACCCAAAUGGCUCGUACGAAGCAAACCGCCAGGAAAUCCACGGGAGGCAAGGCACCAAGGAAGCAAUUAGCCACAAAAGCCGCUCGAAAAUCAGCUCCAGCCACAGGCGGAGUCAAGAAGCCACACAGGUUCAGGCCAGGAACCGUUGCUUUGCGUGAAAUCCGGAAGUACCAAAAGAGCACCGAACUCCUGAUCAGGAAACUCCCAUUCCAAAGGCUGGUAAGGGAAAUUGCCCAGGACUUCAAAACCGAUCUGAGGUUCCAAAGUAGUGCCGUGGCGGCUCUUCAGGAGGCGGCUGAAGCUUACUUGGUUGGUCUUUUUGAAGAUACCAAUCUGUGCGCAAUUCACGCUAAGAGGGUUACUAUCAUGCCUAAGGAUAUCCAGUUGGCUCGUAGGAUUAGGGGCGAGAGGGCUUAAUUGUUGGGCUUAACUUUACUAUUCGUUUUAGCUCUUUUUAGUGUGUGUUUUAGGGUUUAAUGCGGGAUAUAUGGAGGCAUUAAAGGGGAAAAAUUGGUUUUAUUAAUGCUAAGUGUUUGUUAAUGUCGUAUUAAUAUUUGCAAAUGGCUAUCAAAAUCAUAACUUAUGCACCUGGUUGAGGAUAAUUUUUCAAUUUUUUUUUUCUUGUUAGAUUGCACCAAAAAAGCAAGCUUUGCUUUGGUGUGCUCCUGACCACAAAACAAAAGCCU